GAUAUCGAAGAUCAAGUUAUCUUUGCCAUUUGCCAGGAGUACGUUCCCCUUGGGGAUCAGCAGUUCACCCUCCACACAGGGGACGAAGUUGCCAUCAUCCCACCUCUUAGUGGAGGUUAGCUCUAGAAAGAUACUCACAGAGAAAUCAUGAAUGAAACUGAGGAUGAACCCAAGGAUGUGAUUCUGUUGAAAUCUGAGAAGCUCUCAUUAGAUGAAGUAGCAGCACUGGUCAUUUCUCCCUGCUGUGGAGCUGUAUCUUUCUUUGUAGGCACUACAAGAAAUAACUUUGAAGGGAAAAAAGUUGUACAGUUAGAAUAUGAAGCCUACACAACAAUGGCAGAAGCUGAAGCGAAGAAAAUAUGCAAAGAUAUUAGAUUAAAAUGGCCUUCCGUGAAGCAUAUAGCAAUACAUCAUCGACUUGGUUUGGUUCCCAUUAGUGAAGCCAGCGUGAUUGUAGCCAUCUCUUCCCCUCACCGAGCAGAGUCUCUCGCUGCCUUGCAAUAUUGCAUCAAUACUUUAAAAGCGACUGUCCCCAUAUGGAAAAAGGAGGUGUAUGAAGAGGACUCUUCUUGGAAAGAAAACAAGGAGUGCUUUUGGAUCAAGGGAGAAAAAUAAAAUAUUAAUGUGCCAAAAGAGAAGGCAGAAGAGAAGCUGCUUCAGCGUGUUCAACUGAACUGGGAAAUGAAGUUCAGUUUUUGGUUGAUCAUUUUUAGAGAUACAGGAAGUAUUUGCAACUGAUUAAAAUAUAAGUAUUUGCAACUUUUUAAAAUAUAUACUGUAUUUAUAUUUCUUUCUCUGUGUUAAUAAGCCUUAAUCCUUAAAGCCAGGACAUUUCAAAAAUUGAAUUGUAUUCCAAAAUUGAACUUGUACAAAUUAUAAUUCUCCAAUUUUGAAAUGGAAUGAGAUAAUGAAGUCACUCAUCCCAUUGAUUUAGUAAUAUUGUUGCUUUCACGGGCUUCUUUGUAAUCAUUGUUUAUUUUUCAGAUCAAAUUGGUAUUUUGAAUCUCUCUUAACUUCUGUGGAGUAGCUGAAGCAUUGUGAGAACCACAGUAGCA